UGUCAUGCAGAGAGGACAUGUUGGACCAGCAUCUGACGUUUCGCACAGCAGCACCCGGCGACCUGCAUCGCGUGCAUUCCCUGGAAGAGGCCGGAUACCCCGCAGACGAAGCAGCCUCCCUCGAUUCCCUCACCUACCGCAUCCACCAAGCCAGCUCGGUGUUUCUGGUGGCGACACUUGGCAGCGAGCUAGUUGGCUUCGUGUGUGGCACUCAGACGCCCAGGGACGAGCUGGAUCACGCCUCGAUGUUCACCCAUGACCCACAAGGCAGGACCUUGUGCAUUCAUUCCGUGUGUGUGGGCGAAAAGCACCGUCGUCAGGGCAUUGGUUCGCGUCUGUUGAGAGCAUACAUCAAGCACGUAUCGACCAUUGAACAACCUAGUCUGCACUCCAUCCGACUGUUAUGCAAGGAG